CUCCUGCUCACAGUCUCGCCCUUUAGAGAAACACGACUAGUUCAGUGAUUGAAGCUUUUGCUUUCAGCGUCAAACUGAGCCGAUCUUUCCAGAUAAGCCAUGUUUUCCUUUUCCUCUUACACGUUGGUGAUCGUGUCGCUGCUGGGUUUCCUGACUGACUUCCACGUGUCCGGCUGUGAUAAAAACUGUGUGAACAACACUGAGUUCACUCCGUCCACACUGGUGGUGAAGCACGGGGACCCGGCCUCUGCCCACUGCACUCUGUGCCCGUCUUGCCCAAGCCACAUUUUCGAUUUGGAAAAAUCGAUCGGAAAAAACGUCUACAACGGAACCACGAUUACAUGGACGGUGGACAGCUUGAGGGAGUGGGGGACUACUCUCCUGUGUUUCUAUGCUAACGCUACGAACCACCAGUGUUGCACUGAACUGGAUGUAAUCGUGUACAAGCCUCCAGACCUGGUGUCCAUCGGCUUUAAGAAUCACUCCGGGCCGUUGUUCGAGUCCCGUCACUACACUCUGGAGUGCGAGGUGCAGAACGUGGCUCCGAUCUCAAACGUCACUGUGACUUUCUUCAGAGAUCUCACAGAACUGGGUCAGACGCAGUCCAGCAGUGCACCACAGAGUGAACCAGGGACUGAGGUCUUCACUCUGGACAUCCACGCCACUCCAAAAGACGACGGAGCUCAGUACUGGUGUCAAGCCAAGCUGGAGCUGGGACCACAUGGACCAAAGACCCCUCCGAUGGCGACGUCGAAAAAAGUGACCGCUACUGUCCACUAUAAGCCUCAGCAACUGGAGCCAUCCCAUCCAGAUGUGAUCUGGAUCACAAAAGGAGAUUCUCUACAGCUGAACUGCUCGGCCGUGGGGAACCCCAGCCCCUCGUACACCUGGACAGUCCUGCCAGCCGGUGUCCCCCCGUCCAACAGCAGCGUCCUCACCAUCCAGUCUGUCGCUUCUGGGCAUGGGGGGGAGUACAGCUGCUCUGCCAGCAACGACAUGGGGACAAGCACUGUGAUGUUCAGCGUGGCUGUCAAAGACUACAUCAUCGAGUACAUAAUAGGUGCUGCUGUUGUGUUUUUCAUCAUCGUCUUGAUAGCAGCAGCAGUCUACUUUUACAAAAAAAACCGGAAGGGAAAGUACAACCUGAAGAAAGUUUUUUGUUUUCGCUCAGGACACGUUGCCGUACCCACUGAAGGGUAAAUCAGUGGGACGGUGUGAAAAGUGAGAUAAGCUACAGAAUUGGAGUCUGACUCAUGGCCUGUGUUGCAUCUCUCUCACUGUCAUUUCCUGUCAUCUCUAUGUUGACGUGAUCUGAUGACACAAAAUGCCCCAAAAAAGAUCCGUUUCAAGUUGUGUAACCUGAGUACUUCAAGGAACAAAUCACUUCCUCUGCUAAACAAAGUGUCAUACAGUUAAACUCGUGAUCAAACACAUUUCACUACACAGACAAAAAAGUAAAUUGUUGGACACAAUUUGAUAAAUACUUAAAUGUAACACACACAUCCUUUCAAAUUAGAGUUAGCAAUUUGUAUAAAUUGUUAAAGUUAUGUUGAACAUUGAAGUAACUUUUUUGAUGGUCGUUUGUUUGACAAUAUGUGGUUAUUUUAUAUUACUAAUAAUGUCUUGUGUGUGUUAGUCUAUGUUCUCUCUGGGGCACCCAGCUCAAAGCCCAUUCAUCUCUACUGAAGACAUACAGCUUUAAAAUUAAGUCACAAAUAUACAUACUGCACAUAUUUCAAAAUGUCCAAUUCUUUCUCAAAGCAAUUGAGCCUGUUUUUUUCAAAUGGGUUAUUUUUGUAUAAUCAUGCUCUCGUGGUGCAUUUUACCAAACACAUUUCUGAGUAGUGUCUGCCUCAUGCGAACACGUGUGAUCUCCGUGGCCUCUGAUGACAGCUGCCUACCUGCUUGGAAUCUACAGAGCCCCUCUGGUGACAUCUGGAAAAAAUAUAUUGCAUCACCAUGAGUCAUUAAGUCGUGGGAAUGAGUUAUGAAUCUGUUCUUUAAUAACAAGACCUGGCGAACAAUGUUUUUAUUGACUAUUAAUCCCAAAUAUUUCCACCCCAGUGUGAGUCCUCAGAGUCAGUGUAGACAGUGUGUGUCGAACAAGUUCCAAGUUCACCAGGUCAUAAAAAACAGAUUCAUAGCUCAUGGCCACGACUUAUCUUGUCACCAGUGAGGUUCUGUAGGAGUCGGAUAAUAGUUUCCUACUUUUUAUAGUUAUGGAAAACCUUGAGGGACUGUAGUUGAGUCGGUUUGUCUGAUGCUACUUCUGUAUCUUCUGUUGUCACUUCUGCCUUUCACUGUCCUCAUCGUGUUUUUCUAAAUUCUCUCACUGGUGCAACAUGCUGCCUCCUGUUAACUCAUUUACAUGUAGAUUAAUGUGCAGUUUUUAUUGCUGCUGUAAAAAACUGUUUCAGGAAGUAAUGUUUAAAAAAGUGAAGCAAAAGCAUCUUGAUUGCCACUUGCUGUCUGGUUACAGUACAGGACCUCAGCACAGAAUCCAAAUGUGAAGGAAGGUGUUUGAACCUGGGAUAUUUUGGCUUCAUGUCUGUAUAGUGAGAGAAUGUGGAAUGUGGAAUUAGUAAAAUAUUAAACAGACAAACUACAUGUUUGGAAAUCAUUGUGUAAAUGUUGUUAAUUUGUGAAUGUGCUGUUUUACCUGUCACGUUUUAUUUUGCUCAUGUGACUGCAGAGAACUUUAUCACUUUAUUUAGAGGUGUGCUGUGUACAAAACCUUGAAUAUUAUAUGUGCAUAAAUUUCCCACUGAACUUUGCAGCGAGGUGUGAAGCCUCACGGAAACCUUGUGACACCUCACAAUAUCUCACAUUUCCUGCCUGUACAUACACGUGUAGUUGUGGUGCUAUUUAACUUUGACUUUGACUUCAAGCCAGAUCUUCACUAAAGAUCUUCACUAAAAAAAUGCUAUGAUGAUGAUUUGACUGAGUGUAUUUGUAAACAUGAAUAAAUGGUAUCACUUUACACUG